GCAAACAGUGCUGGCUUCUGGCUGACCAAGGCGCCCACCCAUCGAGACCAGAGCAAGGAGCCAUUUCAUUCUCGCCCCUCUGAUGUCUCACCCGCCAUUUUGAAUCAACUCUUUAGUCAUCACACACGCCUCGAGCAAGCCCCAUGAGUCCUCUCGACACUUCCCGUGGUCUUAGUUUGACCAACUGAUAACCAGGAAAUGACUGACAACCUGCAACUGUUUUCGAAAUUCGGACCAACCGCUUCCGAUACAACUGCUUCUACGCCCCCAAGAAGGUCUCCGGCCGGAUCCAGGGCGAUAUCUCAGGCCCGCCAUGGACCAAAAUUCACGACGCAAACGGACUUUACAAGCGAGCGAGCUACAAGAGCACUGAUACUCCGGGUGCUCUGUGCCCAGGUGCCCGGCCAUGGCUCGGAGCAGCGGGAUCGUGGAACCCCCCGACCACUCGAGGAGAUACUGCCUCCACUUACAAGCUCCAAUGAGGUCGAUCUUCAGCUUUACGCUUUGAUUGCGAUCAUCAUGAAGGAAUUUGUUUACCUCUGGUACUCGAAGAUUACCCCUGAUCACAGUUUCACCGAGGAGAUCAUCCAGGUGAUUGCCCAUUGCACGCGUGCUCUCGAACAACGCUUACGGCAAAUCGACAUACAUGCUCUUGUCUUGGACGAGAUUCCGUCGUUGAUUGAGGCCCAUGUCAUCGCGUAUCGUAUGGCAGAUCAGAGCGCUAUGGCCGCUCGGUCCCAGGCCCAGUUCCGGAUCGCGUAUCACGCCUUGAACCCCCAUCCGGCCCUCUCUCCCGUGCCGUCGGUAUCGAACCCUGCAUCUGUCGUGGAGCAGCAGGAGAGAGAAUCGAUAUAUCGGCAGAUGCUAGCGCAAGGAAUCCUGGCCGUCCUCCUCCCCACGGAAGAUCUAGAAAACGUAUGCCUCAGGACGUUGGUGGGUGAUAUCCUUGCCGAUCUGCUGCUCGGGGAAAUCGUCGGCGGAAAGGUUGCGGAAGGCUGGUUUAUUUGGGAGGUCAUCACCAAACUUGCCGGAGAACUGAGGCCCGGACCGGAGGAGGCGAAUACGGAGAUGGAGGACACGGAAAUGAGUCAACCGGGAAGAGUUGGCCUUCUCUCCACUCGAACAGACACUGGUCCCAUCGCAUCACCAUCGUCAUUCAUGCCCGUGCGAGGGCUCGUGCCAGAGACGACUUCGAAAACCCCUGCAACUGAAACCCAAUCCUUGUCCAGUAGUAGCACCGUGCGACUUCCUAUUCUUAAAUAUAGGAUUUUUGGAAUGGCGGCGCGACUAGUCGAUGUCUCGAGGCGGAUGCCUUGGCUGGGAGGAUCGUUGGCUCUUGUCCAGCACGUCCUGCUGAGCGGUCCGGGGAGGCUUGGGGAGACGGACGGCGCUAUCGACAGGUGAGUUAAAUCUCGUUUGUUUCAUUUUGCGUUCUGCCAGUCUCAUUGCUCCGGUUAUUUGCGAAAUAUCCAUCUGUCCGUUUGCUUUGCCCCGCAUGGGAUGGAAAU